AAAUGUAGUUUUGGUGACCAAAAUGUAAUAAAAUAUUUAAUGAGGAGCAAGAUAAAUGGAUUGAUCAGGAAAAAUCUUUUGAAAUCCUGAUGAUUUUUUUUUUUAGGGUGGGAAAAAAAAUGGAUUUGGCACAUCAUGGUCUUGUGCUUCUGAAGCGUCUCAAUGCUCAGAGAGAGUUUGGUUUCCUCUGUGACUGUACUGUGGCCAUCGGGGAUAUACUUUUCAAAGCCCAUAAAGCCGUUCUUGCUGCCUUCUCAAACUACUUCCGUAUGCUGUUCAUCCAUCAAGACAGUGACUGUGUUCGACUGAAGCCUUCAGACAUACAAGCAGAUAUCUUCAGCUACCUGCUUAACCUAAUGUACACUGGAAAAUUUACCACACAGCCCAUUGACCCCCUUCGCCUUGAGCAGGGUGUAAAAUUCCUGCAUGCUUACCCCUUAUUACAAGAGGCAAGUCUUCUUAUGAAUCCAGAGUCCCAGUAUGUACCUUUGACAAACUCACUUUAUGGUAUACAGAUACCUGAUCAGACAUGCAGCCGACCCAAAAUAACAUCCAAGGGGGAUGUUUAUGCUACAAACGGUGAAAUCACCGGCCAAGAAUUUUCAGAAAUUUCUGAUAUGGAUUAUAGAUCUCCACAACCUGUCGGCAUAGAGUCACCCACCCAGAACCCUGCAGCCUCAGUCGUCCAACACCUCACAUAUGGCAUAAUGAGUAGAAGUGCUUCCUCCAGAAAGAAUUACGGCUGCAAUUAUUGUGGAAUCCGUUUUAACCAGAGGUCCAAGUUGAAGGAGCAUCUACUUGUCCACACCAGCCAAGCAACUGAGCCACAGAUGUCGUUCAUGCAAAAUGGUCACACUAAUGAGCUUGAAGGUCAGGAAAUGGAGGAGGAGCUUUUGCAUGCUGACAGUGAUGUUAUUAGUGAUACCGAUCAACAGGUGUGGAUGGAAGACACCCCACCGCCCUCUGAAAUUGCUGAUAUAGACAACCUGGAGGGCACCGAGAUGGGUCGUGAAAUGAAACGGCGAAAAUUUGAGUGUCCGACCUGUGCUCGCAAGUUUAUUCAGAAGAGCCACUGGCGUGAGCACAUGUACAUUCACACAGGGAAGCCUUAUAAGUGCAGUGCUUGUGGAAAGAACUUCUGUAGAGCGAACCAAGCGUCUCGACAUAUUUGUUUGAGUCAGGACGCAGAUUCAUACAUUAUGGUCAACAAACAGAGUUUGGUUCUGUGUGGUGGAGAAGACAACAGUCAGGUGGAAGCUCUCUUCCAGUCUUCAGAAAGACCCUAUAAAUGUAGCAUGUGUGCAGCUCCUUUUGCAAGUCCUUCCGAGGUUCCCAAACAUCAGUGUUUGCCUGAGAGUGAAGCUGUACCAUUGGCAGAAAAUUCAAUGGGGGAAAAUCAAAAUAAGGACUUAGAAACAACUACUCCUGAGUCCUGA